AUGAAAAAUAAAAGACAAGCGCAACAUAUUUCUGAUGAGUCUGGACUUACUUACUUUGAAGCAUUCUAAAAGGCCAUUUCAAAAUUCGAAGUUGAUAACCCAAUAUAAUAUCACAAACUAUAUAGUGAUCGAUUAACAAUAUAUGAGGAUUUGAAAUUGAUCUUAGAAUUAUCUAAAAUCAAUUAAAUUGAACCACAACAUUUUGAAAAUAUAUCAGCUCUGCUUAAAAGAUCUAAAAUAGUCUUAAUGAAGAGGUAAUAACUAAGGUUAGCUUAGAUAUCGGGAGUAUUUAAAGAAUAUAAAUCAAGAUGACUUAUAAGCAAUAUUUUCAUUUCUGUAACAACAAGGGGCUUAUGGAUAUCUUAUUUUUACUCUGGAAAACGGAUCUUACAGAUUAUCAGAUAUAGAGCCAAUAAAUUAAUAGGAAUCCCCAAAUAAGCUCCCUAUUCAAACUCCAAUAAAAUAAAUAAAUCAACAAAAAGAACAAGCAUCUGCAAUCGAUGUACCAUAAAACUCACAAUAAUAUCAAAGGAUCGAGCCAGAAUCUAUAAAAAAAAUAAAACCCAAUAAUACUUUUUAAUUGUCUGCAAAGUAAAUUCUUAUUCAAACUUUUUAGUUCAAAAUACGAUGUUUCUCAUAAAAAAACCAACUCUUUUAAAUAAGAGUAAGCUGUUUUAGAUACAGAGUAGAAACAUGAGUAUGAGGAACUUAAAUUUACAUUGAAAAUUCUAUCUGAAAGUUUAAAGAUAUCAUACUAAGAAUUAUGUCAAAGGAUGUUUCAGUGUUCUGGAGAUUUGAAUACACUCUUAGAUGUAUAUUUAAAUCGUUAAGAAAAUUUGCUUUGGACAAAGGAAGCAGAUGAAGCCUUAAAUGCUUACUUUAUCGAGGAAAACUAAUUUGAAAAACAAAAAUUAAGAGCUAUCCUACAUGGAGAAGAGUAAAUAUAAAAGAGGAAGGAAUGGUUAUAUGGAAAAUGA